AUGGGGCCACCGAUGCGAGGUCUACGACAGGUUUUCACCCGCCACGCCUCAACGCGACUUCGCCCACAGACAACCAGACCAUGCCUCAGCCUCGGUCGGUCGUCGUCACGUUACCUGUCAAGUCAAGGUCAAGGGAAGGCAGGCCUGAUCAACAACAUCAAAGUACUUGAUCUCUCCCGAGUGAUCGCUGGCCCCUUUUGCGCGCAGAUUCUGGCAGACUAUGGCGCCACGGUCAUCAAAGUCGAGCAGCCUCAGAAAGGAGAUGAUCUCAGGCACUACAAACCCCCAGUGGAAAAGGACAACUGGGACCCCAAGCUGGGUCCAAUGUCCAACUUCUUCGCCGCGUGUAACCGCAAUAAACGCUCGAUAUGUCUCGACCUGAAAAGCCCCAAGGCGCACGAAAUCCUGUUCGAACUAGCAAAGGACGCCGAUGUCAUAAUCGAGAAUUUCGUUCCCGGCAAGAUUGACGAGCUUGGUCUGGGAUAUGACAAGUUGAAACAAGUCAACCCUCGGAUCAUCUAUGCUAGUAUUUCAGGAUACGGAUCCAAAGGACCCUGGGCCAAACGAGCCGGCUACGACAUGAUCGUAGGUGCGGAGGCUGGACUCAUGCACAUUACCGGCCCACGCGGUGGACCGCCGACCAAACCCGGCGUCUCGAUCAUCGACUUGUGCACGGGGUUGUACCUGCACGGGGCCAUCCUCGGAGCGUUGCUGGCGCGCCAGGAGACGGGUCUGGGCCAACGCGUGACGGUGUCGCUGUUCGAGUCGAUGGUGUCGCUCCUGAUCAACGUGGGCAUGGACUGGGUCAACUCGGGACAGGAGGCCCAGCGGUGGGGGACGGCGCAUCCGAGCGUGGUGCCCUACGACGCGUGGAAGACCAAGGACUCGCACGUCGUGACCGGCGCGUCGACGGAGCGCCAGUGGCGCCGGCUGUGCGACAUUCUCGGUCGGCCGGAUCUGGUCGACGACGAGAGGUUCAAGAACAACUCGGCCAGGGUCAAGAACAGGGAGGUCAUCACGCCCAUCCUACGCGAGUGCUUCGAGAGCAGGACCACCGACGAGUGGCUCGAGCGGUUCGAGGGGAGCGGCAUGCCCUACGGGGCCAUCAACAACAUGGAACGCGUCUUCAAGCACCCGCAGAUCGAGGCUGGCGAGAUGCUUCAGCCGGUCGAGUACGAAGGGUUGAAGUCGGGCGUGCUCAAACUACUCGGCGCGCCCGUGAAGUUCUCCGAGGCCGCCACGCCCGUCAAACUCCGCCCACCGCUUCUGGGCGAACACACCUCUGAAGUCCUGAGGGAAAUUGGACUUUCGGACGCGGCCAUAAAAGAUCUCCAGAAGACGGGUGUCACGCAAUAA